ACAUCUACGACGAUCAUUCGCUUACUCCUCUCUCAGAUCUCUUUUCAAUCGCGCUGCGACUUGGUGGAUUAACACUUUGCUUUGGUCGAUGCUCUCCCUCCCAGGUAUCUGCUUUCUAUCGGAGACUAAUUGCUAUAUGCGAAAGUUUUUCCCAGCGUUCUUUCAAUGCUGUAUCAAUGCAACUCACGCUUCACUCGUUGAGCUAUUAGAACGUACCAUAUCUUACAGAACCACCUUGGACGAUCUCAAUUGUACGUGGAGAUGUUUUGCGUCAAUGUUGCUUAUUUGCGAACUGGGUCUUGACGUUCGAUUCGCGAUUUUCUGUACUUAUCAUGGCAGUGAUCCACCCCUCAUAUGAAGGAACACUGAAUCAUAUUUUCGUUUUUACAGGCCGCAAACCGGCUCUAAUGCCAAUACGGUGAUAGAGAUAGACCUUGCGUAUAUCCUACUUGAAUUUUAUAGCGAAGGCCCUUGUGGCAACGGGUUCAUGGUGGACAAGGCGCGUGGCGCGCCCAAUUUUUCCAUUGACGCUUACCCAAUAUUUACAGACAAUACAAUAUACCUAGUUCAUUCGAGCU